AUGGGCCAACAUCAAACCACACAAGUCACAUCACCAACAUCCAACCGACCCAAAAAGAUCCCCCAUAGCUCCGAAUCCGAUACCAAACACAACAACAAUCGCGAGACACGAACAAAGCUCUCUCUAAUCGAUAUUCAGAAAUGUUUUUCACUAUCGGAAGGAACCAGUUUUAUUUCAACACAAGCUCGAAAUUUUCUUCCAAGCUCGAUGAAUCAAUAUUCCAUAUUGAAUCUUGCCGCCAAUGAAAAGCUUGUACAAAUUCUGUCACAAAGAAUUCUUCAAGAACUCGCGAAGAAUGAACAGACACAAGACACAAACAAUACCGCUACACAGGAAAUAACAACAUCCAUGCUUGAACAAAAAUUGGAGCAAUGCAAAGAACAUGCAAAAGAACGUGUUUUUUCUCUUUUGGAGAGUGAUGACGUUUCAAGAAUGGAGGAGAGUCGUGCAUUUGCAUGCUUUUUAGGUUUAAUGAUUGGUGAUGCAAUGGGAUCGCCAUUGGAGUUUUCACCCUGUCGAUUUCCACAAAAUAUUACUCAUGAAAAACAAAUGCUUGUUGAAAAAGCGUGGAAAAACGAUCCAGAGUUUUUCGAAUUGACAUCCAUGAGUGACAAGCAUGUUUGGACAAAACCAAAUUACAAUAGAUUUGAAUUGAAGCCUGGACAAUACACUGAUGACUCUUCAAUGGCGUUGUGUGUUUUGGACACAUUCGUGACAAAGGUUCUUGAUGAAAUUUAUUUGAAAGAGUGUCAAAAAGAUUUACCUCCUUCAGACAUUGAUUUCGACUUUAAUGGUCGAGACAUGAGGCUACGAUUUUUAAAUUGGUGGUAUUUUGGUUACAACAAUGCUUUUGGAAAAGACGAAACCCAUACAGGUGCUGGUAGCUCUUGCGGAUUAGGUGGAAAUAUCAAACAAAGCUUGGUUGAAUUUAUGAAAAAUCCAUCCAGUGAGGUGACACUUGCUGGAGAUUUAACCACAUCAGGAAAUGGCAGUAUUAUGAGAAAUGCCCCCAUUCCAAUCGUUUGUUUGAAACACCUUUCCAACAACAAUUCAACAGAGACAUUGGAAAAAGUCAUGAAAAUGGCUUACAAGCAAAGCAAAACUACUCAUCAGGGAGAGGAAGCAGCAGAACUCUGUCGAUUAUUGACAUUAAUUGUGGUGAAAGCAGUUAAGGCAGAUGCAUCAUUGAGCCCUCUGCAGGUGAAACAGCAAAUUUUCGAUUCACUACAUGAUGGCGAAUUUGUGAGCACGUUACCAAGUGUGAAUUGUUUAGUGAGAAGCCAAGUUGAAAACAAUGACGUUGCUUCCAGAAAUUGGAACUGGUUAGAUGUGAAUUACACAUUUUGUAAAGACAGAAUACAGCGAGAUCCAGGAUAUUGUGGAUCCUAUGCAAUGGAUGCUAUGGCCAUGGCCCUACAUAAUAUUUAUUACACAGACAACUUUGUUGAUGCUAUUCUAUUAACAACAAAUAUGAGAGGUGACAGUGAUAGCGUUGGUGCUGUGGUGGGUCAAAUCGCUGGAGCAAUUUACGGAUUACGUCAAACUCCUCGACAAUGGCUUGAAACCAUUCUCCAGUGGGACUAUAAUAGAGAUAUUCUGUUAAGGCUAUCCAUAAUUUAUUCACAUGAUUUAAGCUGA